UGAGUUGCUUUAUAAGAGCUUGCAAUAUGAAGAGUAUUUCAAGCAGGUCGUAGCUAGUAAACUGGAAGGGAAGACUAUAUUGGAUCACAUGAAAUUGGACAAAUAAUUUUCCUACUAACUUAUGGAGAUAUGAUUUCACCUCUUGAAGAGUAAGAAAGGGAGAGAUGGAAGAAAAUUUGGGAAUUGGGAGAUAUGGAGGGUCUUUGAAGGUGGCUAAUGUUCAGGCUCUUGCUGAAAAGCUAAGCUCGGAGAUUCCGGAUAGAUAUGUCAGGCCGGAGAGGAAGGAAGAGAUUUUCACCGCCGACGACGAAAUCUCCGGUGAAAGCAUUCCGGCCAUCGAUUUCAGCAAGUUAUUCGAUUCCGAGUACUCCGAGGAGGAAGCUGCAAAGCUCCACUCAGCCUGUGAAGGCUGGGGCUUCUUCCAGCUAGUAAACCAUGGUGUACCUGAAGAUGUCAUAAGCAAACUGAGAGAAGACGUGGAAGAGUUCUUUAAGCUUCCAUUAGAAGAGAGAGAGAAAGUUGCUCAAUUACCGGGGCAAAUAGAAGGCUAUGGUCAAGUUUUUGUUCAAUCGGAGGAACAAAAGCUUGACUGGGGAGACGUGCUUGCACUUGCAACAUUACCUCCAAACAUCAAACAAUUCAGGUUUUGGCCCACUAAUCCGCCUUCAUUCAGGGAAAAUCUUGAGAGGUAUGCGGAUGAGGUAAAGAGAGUGGCCGAUGGCAUUCUAAAAAUGAUAUCUAAAAAUCUAGGACUUGGAGUUGACAAGCUUUACGAUAUGUUCAAAGGGGGGAUUCAGAUUUUCAGAUUCAAUUACUAUCCACCAUGCCCAACCCCUGAGAAGGUCUUAGGCCUCUCUUCUCACUCUGAUGCUGUAGGAUUGACAAUACUACUACAACUGAAUGAACUACCAGGGCUACAGAUCAGAAGAAAUGGUGGAUGGCUCCCAGUUAAAGUUACACCGGGAACUUUUAUCGUCAACAUAGGCGAUAUCAUUGAGAUAUUAUGCAACGGGAAAUAUAAGAGUAUUGAGCACAGGGCUAUUGUGAACAAUGAAAAGGCACGGCUCUCUGUUGCUGGAUUCCAUGAACUAAACUUUGGUGAUGUGGUAGGACCAAUCCCGGAGAUAGUGAAGGGAGAUAAGUUGCAUUAUAAAAGCUUGGAAUUUGAAGAGUAUAUAAAACAGAUCUUCUCCUGUAAACUGGAAGCGAAGAGCAUCUUGGAUCUCAUGAAAUUGGAUGAAUAAUUUAGCUUUACACAACUAGUAAAGAGAUGAUUUAAAUAAAGAACUUGCAAUCAAGUUCAUAAGGAGUGUUAUUACAAUAUAAAUGGAACUAGAUCAUACAAAAUAACUCAUUUCUAUUUGAGUUUUAUUGUACUAUUAAAUGGGCUAAUGAAUUUGAAUGAAUUAAGUA